UCUUCUUGCUGCUGUGCCGAGCUAGGGUUCCAAGCUGUUGCAUUUCCAUUCCAGGGGCAGCUACUUCUGCAUCAAAGGGUGGAAGAAGCAGCCCGGACUUCUCGGCUGAGUGCAGCUGUUGAACACAAGACAGGAAAGCGCAGAAGCUGUGGGGAGAAACUGCAGAGUAACUGAAGCAGACCAGGCAGUGGGUUUCUGCUCCGCGUAACAGCAAAGUCUCAGUAGCCUUAAUAUAGACCAACGUGUGGGUGAUACGCUUCAGACUCUCUCCAAAUAUUUUGAAUUAUAGAAGAAGAAAUGAAUCUUGCAUAUGCUGGUGAAACCUUGAGUGUCAUAUUUGACUGGGACUAUGUUCUGUGGGAAGUUCGUUUGAAGUUAGUAACAGCUGGAUUUUUCAUCUACCUGGGUGUAUUUCUUCUAGCUCACUGUCUGGCCUCAUGGAUCAGUGCCAGUUAUCGCACUUUGUCAGGAAAGGACAAAGUCUUCUCGAAUAUAGCUAUCACUCGUGGCCUGCUUGGGAUUCAGAGUUGUGUAGCUGGGUUGUGGGCCUUGCUCAUAGAUCCAGUUUUUCAAGCUGACAAAGUGUAUUCACAACAAAAGUGGAGUUGGUUUCAUUGCUUAAUAGCCUCUGGCUUCAUCUUGUUUGAAAAUGUAGUUGUUCAUGUAUCUAAUAUUGUUUUCAGGACAUGUGAUGUGUUCUUGGUAGUUCAUCAUUUAUUUGCCUUUGGUGGGCUUCUUGGUCUGAUAAUUAACAUAAAGUCUGGACACUAUCUACCCUUGAUGGGAUUGCUGCUUGAGAUGAGCACUCCUUCAAUCUGCAUGUACUGGCUUCUUCUAAGGACUGGCUAUGCUAAUACCCUUUUAUGGAAGGCAAACCAAUGGGUACUGAUCCAUAUGCAACACUGCCGCAUGGUCCUUAUUUAUCACAUGUGGUGGGUGUGUAUUUCCAAUUGGAAUGAUGUAGUAGAAAAUCUGGGACUUCCACAUUUUAUCAUCUUUUUCAUGGGGUUAAGUACACUUACAUUAAUACUUAAUCCAUACUGGAUUUACAGAUCAACUCAGCGGCUCUUUGGUCCAGUUGACUGGAAUUUUUCAUUUUUCACUGCUGUUUUUGGAUCCUCUGGAAAAUUAAAUAGUGAAACAUUUGAAAAGAAGAGGAUAUAGUGUUGCAACAGCUAUUGGGAUAAUAGUAAAGUGUGUCCAGAAGAAUAUGGUGCAGGUUUACUACCGAGUCUAUGAAAAUAGAAUUGCUUACAAGAAGUCUAUGAAUAUAUUGAUCCCUUUGUAGAUUGCUAUUAGUGUACUAUACUCACUUAUCAAAAGUGUUUUUUUAAAAUUGUUGUUGUAUAUAUUUUAAAUAGACACACACACAAAAUCUAUCUUGAACUCAGUCAGGGUUCAUGUCAGUAACUUCAGUCUGGGAGCAUAAUGUAAUAACAUCUCAUUUUGGGGGAAAAGGCAAGUUAGUGAUAGGCAAGGGAGGCAUUGUUUGAUUUGUAAAAAUCUACAGAAUCAUAAUUUCAAUGGUGUCCCCCUCUGCAGUGUGGCAGGGUGGGUCUCAUUGGCACCCCGUCAUCCCAUCUCCAGGUCUCCUGUUAGUGAAAUUCUGAUGAUAUAACUUGUCAGAAAUUGGUCAAGCUAGGUAUUAUUCAAAAGCCCUUUCUCCCAUGAACACAGUGGUACGAAGCCUGACAACCCCAAACAAUUAUGUGGAUAUGUAUUUGAGGAAAUAAUGAAAUAUCACCUUUUUAAAUUAUUCUUGAAUACAGAAGUGCAUUGUUUACAUAAAAACACAUUGACCUUUGGUAAUUCCAGGGAGUUUAGUUUUGACAUGUAGGACUGAAAACAUUUAUUCAUCAAAGUCAUCAUCAGUGUGUCAUCUCCAUCUAGGGCUCCACUGCUAGACACGUUGUCACAUUGAUCCUCAUCUGUCACACUCACACAUCGCUGUAUAAGGCAGAUGGCUAGCCAGACAUUUUCAAAACGGUGAGCAUCUGGUCUUUGGACAUGAUAUUUUGAAUAGCGGAAAGACUGAUUUGGGAGCACAUGAUAUUUUCUGCAUAAUUGGUGUGAUCAGUCUAUCCUCCAAGGGUACAUCUUCACUACCCACUGGAUUGGUGGGUAUCACUCGAUCUAUCGGGGA